AUGGCCGCGCGACGCCUCUCUCUUCCGGGAAGCUGCACGGGCCGAAGCAGUCGAACUCCGAGCAUGCGCUCACUGGGCGGUGGAUUGCUCCAGGCUGGUGACGUAUUACGUCGGCGUCCACUGUGGUUCUGCCAUCCCAGCCGGCGCAAGAUGGCGCCGGGGAGGCCGACAUCGAGGUGGAGCGCCGGAGGAUUGGCGGCGCCUGGGGAAGGGACGCCUCAGGUCGGAUUGGGGAAGCAGAAUGGGAAACGCAGGACCUGGCGCCCUAACCACCAUCAGGCCUUCCUGGGGAGCGUGCGCGAGGGACAAGGUUUUGCAUUUCGGAGAAAAUUGAAGAUCCAGCAAAGUUACAAGAAACUGCUGUGGAAGGUAAAGAAGGCACCAGUAUCCCAGGAAUCCCAGUUCACAGAUCACUACCCAGACCAUCUGAAACACCUCUAUCUAGCUGAAGAAGAGAGACUCAGGAAACAGCAAAGAAGGGUUGGCCAGCCUUUGUCAGAAGAACAAGCUGACCAGACUUUGUCUGAAGAAGGGGACAACACUGAACAUACUCUGUCAGAAGAACAGUCUAGUGUUUACCAGCCUCAGCCAGAACAGCUGAGUACAGUAAAUUCUGUGACUAGUCCAAAGAAAAAGAAAAAGAAAACUUCAAACCAAAAGGCACAAGAAGAGUAUCAACAAGUACAAGCAAAGCGUGCUGCUAAGAAAUUUGAAUUUGAAAUGCGAAAGCAAGAGAGAGAAGAAGCUCAAAGGCGCUACAAAAAGAAGAAAAUGGAAGCUUUCAAAAUACUGAGCAAAAAGACUAAAAAGGGCCAGCCUAACCUGAAUUUACAGAUGGAGUAUCUUCUUCAGAAAAUACAAGAAAACAGUUAAAGUAGACAUUUUGUCUUUAAGGAUUAAACUCCAACUGACUGUUGUGUCCUUUUGUCUGUGUAUCAGAAGCCUUCUACUAGUGAGCUAAACUUGUUGGCAUCAAAUGAAUUGGUGAAUUUUUUUUUUUAUAAAAGUUUCUGUAUAUAUUUUCUAUAAAGACUCUCUUUAUCAUGAAGCUAUUUAAAAAUCUUCAGUGGAAUUUGUAUGGAAUAAACUGUUUUGAAAUAGGAGAUCUGAGCUUACAGUGAAUCAUUUCAAUGAUGAGAACAUAUUUUUGUACAGUAAUCAACCAUAGUAUUUAAGGGGUUAAUUACUGGGUUGAAUGUGCAUCCUUGUAUUUGUUUGGCAGUUGCACUACCAAUAAACUACAUUGUAGUCCCUGGGAGCUUUGAGAAGGGUUUCUG